UUUCGUUUCUUAGCCUGCUCCCUAUGCUCGGGAUGAAACGCAACAAAACCGGGGAUUCAUAUCGGACGCGUUCAGUAAGCUGCAGAACCCUCAGUCUGCUUUGAAGAGCUUUAACUAAAUUUAAAGACCGGUUACUCUCCAAAAUGUACGAGACGGAGAAGGAAAACCUGAAGCGGUUUAAGGACUACAUUGUAGAAAUACUCCGUCCUUCUUACAUCAAAACGUUUUUGUCCACGUACCUGGGAACAGAGAUCGAAGAGAGAAUCCUCGCAGAAGAGAACACCUCCGUCACAUGCGCUGCUGAAAUGCUUCUUCAAAAUAUACUAAACCUGGAGGCAGUAGGCUGGUUUCAAGCCUUUUUGGAUGAACUGCUAGCCAAAGAAUACACAGGACUGUGUGAGGCUAUUCAGGAGUGGGAUUUUAAAAAGCUUGAAGAAAUGAGAGAUCACAAGGCUCUUCUGCACCAUGUUGAAGCGUCCUUCACCAAACAUAUAAAGCCGACAGAGGUUGUUAGUUGCAUGCCUAAAUGCUUUUCCCCCCGGGAAUGUGAAGAAAUAAAAGCAAUCACUGAACAAAAAGGACAAAUUGCUGGUGCAGAAAAACUGACAGAAUGUUUGAAAAGGUCGGACAAAACCAACUGGUUCAAACUCCUGAAGUUGGCGCUGGAGGAGCGCAAUUUUACCAAUGCCCUGCAAUUACUGGACCCAGAUACAGAAAACAGUGGUAAAGAAGUGGAAGACGUGGAGGCAAAUGGUGACACUGCGACGGUCCGGUUCGAGUACAGGGAAGACUCUGGUGCUGAUGAUCUGGUGGGAGAUCUCAAUCAGAUGGGGCUGACUGAGAACCAGGACAAAGUAACAGGUGGCAGUGCUUUUCUGGAACCUUCCAAACCCCCUGGCGAACGGAAACUCCGGGCCUAUCAGAGAGAGCUGGCAGUGCCUGCCUUCGAAGGAAAAAACACCAUUAUCUGCGCUCCCACAGGCAGUGGAAAGACCAUUGUUGCGCUUGCUAUAUCUGAACACCACCUGAAGUCUAAAGCUGACCAGAAGCCCAAGAUUGUUUUCAUGGCUACUAAAGUGGAUGUGUAUGAACAACAGUACAAACUGUUCAAGGAACACUUCAAUAGAACAGAUCAAGACGUGAGGAUUACAGGUCUCUGUGGAGACAUGGGCGAGCAGAUCUCCUUGGAUAUCAUUGCAGAAACCAAUGACAUCAUCAUUCUGACGCCCCAGAUCCUGGUGAACGCCCUGAACAGGAAGGACCUGCCUUCGCUCUCAGUCUUUUCUCUCUUGAUUUUUGACGAGUGCCACAAUGCCACUAGAAAGCAUCCUUACAACGUUCUCAUGGCCAGUUACCUGGACAGCAAACUCAGUCGUAGGAAAGAGUCAUUGCCUCAGAUCGUGGGGCUGACGGCUUCUGUGGGGGUCGGGACUUUCAAGUACCAGCAGGAAGCAGAGAAUAAUAUCUGCCAGCUGUGUGCGAACCUGGAUGCCAGCAUUAUCUCUACUGUCAGUGACAACAAGGAGGAGCUCUUGUCCUUUGUAUACGUACCUGAAAAAGAUUUCUUUGAGGUGGAGAAAAGAUCUGGCGAUCCAUUCAUUGCCAUCAUACAUAACAUCAUGUCCAGAAUUGAAGUGCUGGCCAAGAAGGAAUACGACAUCGAGUCCCUGUCCCACAUCGAGAACCGCGACCACGGCACGCAGAAGUACGAGCAGUGGAUCGUUGACGUGCAGAAGCGGUGCAAGGUCCUGCAGCUGGAGGACAAGGAGAAGGAGAGUCGGGUGUGCAGGGCGCUGUUCAAUUACACCGAGCACCUGAGGAAAUACAACGAUGCGCUCAUUAUCAACGAGGAUGCCCGGACCAAGGAUGCCCUGGAUUACCUGAAGGCCUUUUUUGAUCAAGUGAGACAGGCUGGUUUUGAUGAAACCGAGCAAAAAUUGACUGCGUGUUUUGACACUGAGUACCCACACCUCCUCCAGCUGUCCCAGCAGGGGCAACAGAACCCCAAACUCGAGCAGCUGAAGUACAUUCUGGACGAGGAGUACAGGAACGACGAGCAGACCCGCACCGUGCUGUUCGUCCGGACGAGGGCGCUGGCCGACGCAAUGAAAAACUGGAUUGAGGAAACGGACACACUAAAGUUCCUGAAGCCGGGAGUGCUGAUCGGCAGAGCUCGCAAGUCUAACCAGACAAAUUCAGGAAUGACUCUGAAUUCCAAGAAAGGGGUGUUGGAAUCCUUUAAAUCCUCAGAUCAGAGUAAGAUACUGAUCGCCACCUCUGUGGCGGAUGAAGGCAUUGACAUUCCGCAGUGCAAUCUUGUGCUGAUGUACGAGUACGUUGGCAAUGUGGUAAAGAUGAUCCAAGUAAGAGGACGUGGACGGGCAAAGGGGAGCAAGUGUUUCCUUAUCUCUGACAGAAAGGAGCGUAUUGAAAAAGAGAAACUGAACAUACUUCGUGAAAAAAUAGUGGAGAAAGCUAUUGCUAAUUUGCGGCAAUCCAAGGAAUCUAUGCAAGCUAAGAUUGACACCUUCCAAAGAGAAGACAAGAGAAUACGCGAUCAUGCCAACUCAAUGCCAGAGAGACCCAGGACUAAUGGCAACUUUAAGCUUCUCUGCGCGAAAUGCAAGAAAUUUGCUUGUUUCUCAGACGACCUGAGGGUGGGACAUGAGGGGUCGCACCACAUUGUUGUGGAGAGAAGCAUCUUCAACCGCUGUGAGAGGAGUCCCCACCCGAACCCCCGACGUUUCGGGCAAUUAGAGAAAAAGAUGAAGAUGUUUUGCAAACACUGUAAAAAUGACUGGGGGAUCGUUGCCACGUACAUGAACAUAGAAGACAUGCCCGUGAUCAAAAUUGAGAGCUUUGUUGCCCAGAACUGCGUGACCAAUUUACAGCACUAUUUCAGAAAGUGGAAAGAUGUCACAUUUGCUAUUAGACGGUUUGACAUAGCGGAUAUAAAGCCCUUUUAAACCCAGCUGCUAAUCCCUGAGAAUUCCCCCAUAUGAUUCUGUCUCCUCCUUGUGUGGGGACAUGUGAUCAGUAUUGUUCUCUUAGUCCGAAAUUAUAUAUUUUUCUUCAACUUCCUGCUCAUUUUAGAGAGGGUACCUGUAGAACACCCAUUCAAGUCCCUGUCAUAGCCGCAGUGAAUGGUAAUGAUGAUGCGUUUCAUCUUAAUACCCGGAACGCACUGAUACAGUAUCUUUAAAAAGUUGAAUGGCUAAGAAUGAUUAUUUUCAUGUGCAUAUAUAGUACUUGGCGAUGAUGAUGACGGUGAUGGGAUUAUGUGUUUUAUGUUUGGAUUUUUAAACAGCUUUUUUGACAUACCAUGUCACAACUUCAUCUGUGACAUCGUGACCUUUGCACUGAGUACACCUUGUGAGUCUGUUGAUUGGCAUGUGUGUAUGAAUACUUGUAUAGUACUCAGGGAUACUCAUGAAUGUAAUGAUUCUAAAUAUACUGCAUGGUGUUUAGGUGAUUGAUAUGUACAUCCUGGGUAGCACUCCACAGUCCGUACUAAAUCAAACGUAGCCAGACUUCAUUAUAUAAAGACAUUUUUUUAUUUUAUUUUUUUAACCUUUAUUUACCCAGGGUAGGUUCACUGAGCACGGAUGCUCUUUUGCAGCAACGCCCUGCUUCACACUCGUCGCUUUGGAUAAAAGCGUCUGCCAAAUGAAUGUAAUGUAAUGUAAUGUCAUACACAUUCACACCUGGGAGCUGCCCAGUACAGCCACAAUCCUCUAUUGUUGGCCACUGAGCAGCUCCACUGGAGGGAGCUCCACAUUAAUAUAUAUGAGACAAAGGUGUGGUGUACUUUGUCAUUCUACAUUUUAUUGAGCUCUUACUGGGAUGGACAUUGUAUGCACUGAUGUUUGUAUUUCAGUCUCUCAGAAUGGGACCUGCUGUCCUUGUAUUUAUAAUUCAAUUUCUCAAUAGUUUUUUAGUAGAUUCACAUGAGAUUUUUCAUUUCUUCUGUCUCUUCAAAAUCAUACAUCUGUUAUUCUGUGUCUCGAACAGGAUAAAGCAUUGUAACGAGAUGUCUAUAAAGAGCAUAAAGAUGAUUUCAUACUAAAUGUGAUAUUAUAACAGUUAUGUUAAGAUCCAAUUAAGAUAUACAGUUUCAUGGUCUGUUGUUUUUGAGAAAGUUAUUUGAGGGGUCAAGAAACCUUUUGGCAUGUUAUUUCAUGGGUGUUCACUUCAUAGAUGACGGGGCUCUUUUUCUAUCUCUUUUUCCGAUAACCUGUAUGACAUGGUGCCACCUAAUCUGUUGUCUCUGCAUCUGUGGCAGCAAGUGUCUGUGGUUGCACACAACAUAGUAGGAAGUAGGGCUUAGUUUCUCAGAAAUGCUGCUUCAAAUGCAAAUACUAAUUCUAAAUGAAGCUUCUUUCUUUAACAAUUUAGUGGCUGGAGCAUUCCAGAAGCUUCGGAAUUAUUAUUCUUUUUUAGGGGCUGAUUUAGAGAAACUGGUUAACACUUCAACACCGAAUUUUCAGGGUAUACUAAAUAGAAUUUGAAUCAGUGGGCCUGUAGGGGGCAGUAUUCCCUUCACAGACAGCACAAAGCCAAUAACCUUGCUAGGAUACCUAAUCACUGCCGUAGAAAAAAAAAAAAAAUCAUCUUUGAAUGAGACGCAAAAUUGACCCACUGUUAUAAAACAUUUGUAAAAAAUAAAAUAAAAUAAAAAAACA